AAACCGGGGAAUUUUGGUAAAGACACUGGCAUUUUGAAACCCUACUCAUAUGCCUACAUAGCACACUAUCGCUGAUACUAAAGCUGAUUGGGUUUUUCUUUUAACUACGCUGAUCCUUGUAUGUAUUCUCAUCUAUAUCGAUUUAAUAUUUAGUAAUAUAGGCCUACAAUAUUUGGGUAACUGUUGUAGAGGAAAAGGUGGAGAAUCUUGUAUUUGUUUGCCUGGUUGACUAUACAUUUCCUCUGAACUGUAACAAUGUAAACUUUGUUGAACGAGAGGGAGAGAAAAUAAGAACUAACAAUACAUCAAAAAGCAACAAUGUUGAAAUGCACAACGCGCACCCCUGUGCGCACGGCACUCGUUAACUACCUUUGAAGUUCAGCAAACGGGCAACACUACAUACAGAGGUUGUGUGAACGUGGAUUCAUCGCUUUUUCUCUGGGUCGGUCUGUCGGUGACACUGGGUUAAUAUAGGGAAACUUCCGCAGCCUUCCAUAUCACAAACAUCUACGGAGGAGCGAGCAUGAGAUCCGGGAGUACCGUACAGUAGGCGAGAGGAAAGAAAGACAUCAAGUUGGAACGGGAGGAGGGAGUGGACGAAAAAACGAUUCACACACUGGAUUUGAGAUGGCGCUGGCGAGCGACCCCGGUGCCGGCCAGCUGCAGACCCAGGCCCAGAAGGAUGCCGCGGACCAGAACUUUGACUACAUGUUCAAGCUGCUGAUCAUCGGCAACAGCAGCGUGGGGAAGACCAGCUUACUCUUCCGCUACGCUGAUGACUCCUUUACCUCUGCCUUCGUCUCCACCGUGGGCAUCGACUUCAAGGUUAAGACGGUCUACCGCAACGAGAAGAGGGUCAAGCUACAGAUCUGGGACACGGCGGGCCAGGAGCGUUACAGGACCAUCACCACAGCCUACUACAGAGGAGCCAUGGGCUUCCUGCUCAUGUAUGACAUCACCAACCAGGACUCCUUCUACGCUGUGCAGGACUGGGCGACCCAGAUCAAGACGUACUCGUGGGACAACGCCCAGGUGAUCCUGGUGGGGAACAAGGCUGACCUGGAGGACGACAGGCUGGUACCAGCAGAGGACGGACAGAGACUGGCUGAUGAACUGGGGUUCCAGUUCUUCGAGGCCAGUGCCAAAGACAACAUCAACGUGAAGCAGGUGUUCGAGCGUCUCGUCGACGUCAUCUGCGAGAAGAUGAGCGAGAGCGUGAAUGGGGAGCCCAGCCCAUUGGCCAAUCACAAGGGCCCCAGCCUGCAGGACACGCCACCAGACAAGGGUGGCUGCUCCUGCUGAUAACGCCUUAAACAUACAUACCGUAUACAUGCUCGUACACACACUGAAAAAAUUUAAUACACAACCACUCCCACACAUGCUCAUUGACUUGCCAGAAAUCUAGCGUUGUGAAUGUACUUUUGGUUUUGUAUAACAUUGUUGCUACUAUCCCUAUUACCGACUGGUUCCCCAGUCUCUUGCACUCACUUUGCUUCUAACAACAGAUUUCACAUCAGUCCUCUUGUUUAGAAUGAGCUGAUGGAAUGUAUUUUGCUAUAGGAUAAGCUUCUCGGAGUAGUGUGAAGUUUCCCCUAGACGCUGAUCUUGGGUCAGUUUUACAUUUCCCCCCCAAUGGGGGAAAUUGUGUCUUGAUCAUACUGCCCCCGUGUGGAUAUUGAAUGUUACUGCAGCAAUAAUGGAAGCACCCACUAAUUGUGUCAAUAGCUCAGGUGGGUCUGCCUAACGUCAAUGACAAUGUAGGGCCCUGAGUUUCUCCUGGCUGCGUGGUGGAAAAACUCAAGGCCCUAUACUAAGGGAGCAUCUAGAGGGCUGGCUUAUGAGGCUAUUGCUUAGGAAUGUUCAUCUGUAGCCUAUACACUGUAAAACCAAAAUGUCAGGUCAACUAUGACUAACCAACCAACUUGCCAAAGUUUCUUGAGUCAACUAGAUGAUGGGGGUCAAUUCAAUUUCAAUGCUGUCAAUUCAGGAACUAAACCUCCAUGUUUAUUGUCAUGGAGUAGCGUUGAGGAGAGUUUAGAAUGACAGUUUACUCUCUGCAUUGGCUGAAUUGAAAAGGAAUUGACCCCCAACCGUGCUGGACCUUCCUGCCCUGCACUGUCCCACUAACUACUGGAACUGAAUGAGCUAUUAGAUUCUACAUCCGACAUUGAAUGGAAAAACGACUUACUAUAUUUGUGUCUGGUUUGGUUGUGUUUUAUAGGUUCAUGUCUUAGUGCUCAGGUCAAAUGUGAAAGUCAUAGCAUGAUUUCGAUUGAUUGAUUUCAGUCAAUGACUGUCUGCUCAAUCCCCUCGAAUGAACGAAAUAAAAAAAUGUAAUGUCAAUUUAAUGAAGUCCGGUCAGGUGUAUCUCUCCUUCUUUCAUCCCAAAAUAUCUUAAUUUGCCUACGAUCAAUUACAGUAACUGUUUAGUAACAUGUUGUGACUUCCUCAUUCAAUGGUUGUCGUAGAAAUGGCUUCUAAUUACUGUAUACUGUAAGGUGAAUGCUAUGAACUCCCAUGUCAGUCAACGUGUAUGAAUACAGUUUACUUGUUGCC